CCGCCUACCGAGGCGUCGAAAGCAUAAAAGCCCAUCGGCCCGCCCCGGCCGCCCAGCCGCGCGCAAGGGAAGGAAGGAAGAUGGCUUCCACCAGCCGGGUGGAUGUGCUGCCAAGAGUGACAUGUCCAAACCAUCCAGAUUCCAUUUUGGUGGAAGAUUACAGAGCUGGAGAUAUGAUCUGUCCAGAAUGUGGACUAGUCGUAGGUGACAGAGUCAUAGAUGUAGGGUCAGAAUGGCGAACGUUCAGCAAUGACAAAGCAACCAAAGACCCGUCUCGAGUUGGAGAUACCCAGAAUCCUCUCCUGAGUGACGGUGAUCUGACUACAAUGAUUGGAAAGGGCACGGGCGCAGCCAGUUUUGACGAAUUUGGGAAUUCAAAGUAUCAAAACCGGAGGACCAUGAGCAGCUCCGACCGCGCGAUGAUGAACGCGUUCAAAGAAAUCGCUAGCAUGGCAGACAGAAUCAACCUCCCCCGAAAUAUAGUUGAUCGAACAAAUAAUUUAUUCAAGCAAGUCUAUGAGCAGAAGAGCCUGAAGGGGAGAAGUAACGAUGCCAUUGCCUCCGCUUGCCUCUACAUUGCCUGCAGGCAAGAGGGCGUUCCGAGAACAUUCAAAGAAAUAUGUGCUGUCUCCAGAAUUUCCAAAAAAGAAAUAGGCCGGUGUUUUAAGCUCAUCUUGAAAGCUUUGGAAACGAGUGUGGAUUUGAUCACAACUGGAGAUUUCAUGUCCAGAUUUUGUUCAAAUCUGGGUCUUCCUAAGCAAGUCCAGAUGGCAGCAACACACAUUGCCCGUAAAGCUGUGGAAUUAGACUUGGUUCCUGGGAGGAGUCCCAUCUCGGUUGCAGCUGCAGCUAUUUAUAUGGCUUCACAAGCCUCCGCAGAGAAGAGAACCCAGAAAGAAAUUGGAGACAUUGCCGGAGUAGCUGAUGUUACAAUCAGACAGUCAUAUAGGUUGAUUUAUCCACGGGCUCCUGAUCUUUUCCCAGCGGAUUUCAAAUUUGAUACCCCGGUGGACAAACUGCCACAGCUGUGAAUUUCCAAGGGUACAUCUAUAUCCCACAGAGGUUUUGAUUUUGACUUAAAAGCGAUAUGUAUAAAAACGGUACUGUUGAGCCUUCAAGUUGCGGAACUGGUAUAACUAUGUGAAAAAGCCUGAGGAGUCAGAGCACACAUUCCAGGUGUAAACAAAAUAAUUUUGUGGCAUUUUUUAUGUAUAUAUUAGUGAAAGUAAUUAUUUAACAGCCAUCAAUUUCCUAUUGUAUGUACUUAGAUUUCUUUCAUAGAGAUCUUGGUUGUUGUUUUUUUGGAAAAUAAUUCAGAUUCUAAUUCCUGAAUAAACUUUUUUCCAAAAACCUAUACUCUUCUGCAAGUUUCACUGUGUGUGUGUGUGUGUCUGUCCUAAAUAAAUAUCAACUUGGAGCAUACAUCAUCUUUUGAAAUUCUUCAGUUCCUAUUCAAGCAUUUUUAUAUUGUUGCCCAAGAACUAUUAUUUUGGUUAAAUGCAAGGUAUAUUAUGGGAAGUUUCAAUCCAGAGUGAACAUACAAUAUGUGUAACAUUUCUGCAAGCAUUUGAGCUACGACUCACCUGAUUUGAUUUCUGCUGCUUCUGCUUGUGGUGGUCUGGAUGCUGUUUAGUCUCUGAUAGGAGGAAGAUUUCUCCUAUUUCUUGUAUGAGAACAGGAGACUCUGCCAUCCUUUUCCCCAGGACACAGGUAUGUUGUCCUGUUAAUAACUGAACUCUAGUACUUAAAAUAGGACUAGCCCAAUAACCCUACCAACAAGCCACUUUAAAAGGGACCCUUGUCAGUCUGGGAACUAGGGAGCAGCCAGAUGAAUUAAAAUUGAUUCACCUUCCUUGUUCCCUUGGCUGUGGCCUAGAUUUCCAGGCAUACUAAUGACUACUACAGAAUAUAGGAAGGGCAGUCUGGCCACACGAGGCUACUACCCCCAUCCUGACAUCUGUAGAUGCAGUGCUAUCAAUCUUGUAAUGUAGUGCAUGUAAAACAGACUCAAAGAAUGAUUUAAUUCAAGCCUUUUUUCAGUAUUGCCAAGGUGGGGCACAAUGUAAUCAGCUGAGAAACAUGAUAAAAGGUUAAAUAGGGGUGUGCAUUGGCACUGCAUACAGUAAACCCACAGUUUGUGUGCAUUUAACUUGUGUGCAUUCAGAUUUAUGGAAAAAAUUAAAAGGGGCAGAAGGUGGGUGGAGUUCUGGGAAACAUUAUUUUGGCAAUCCCACCUGCCAUUGAACCCAAUGGGUUUUGACUAUACACUAUUUUGGCUUUACCGGUAGGUGUGGUGGAUUCCCCAGAACAUAAGCCCUGUGUAAAUUGCAGGAUUGCUGUAUGAAUUACAGGGUGAUGUGGGGGGGGGGGAAUUCUCACAGCUAUGGCUCAGCUCCAGCCAAGAGUCAGGGAUUAUGGAAAUUAUAGUAUGACAUCUGGAGGCCCACGGGUUCCCCACCCCUGCUUGUAAAUAGGUAAGCAGUGAAGACUACUUAAAAGUUUCAACUUAACCUGGUUAUGACUAAAUGUUUGUGUGAAGUACAGAACCAACCACUCCAGACGAUGAGGAGCAGAACUUUUAGCAGUUCUGCCCUUUCCAGGCCUAAACAUAGACUGGUGCAAAUUAAAAAUAGGGCCUUUUUGUCCCUUGAAACCAUCAGUCUGAUUUUGCAGGCUGCUAGGUCAGGGCUAUUUUUGUUUCCUUGCUGCUCCAGCAGCAUUCUUAAGCCAUAAUAGUAUGAGGGGAGGAGCUGAUGAGAAGUACAAGUUUAAGUAGAUCUUGGAUCAGCUCAACACCAAGCCUUGCCUCUGUACAUUGAAAAAACAAAACACACAUCUCAAAUCUUAAUCAUGGUAUGCAACCUUAACUGGAUUCUUAGAGCCAGGUUCUGAUGUUGAGUGCGGUAAGGCUGGAGUCUUGACUGUCAUCUUAGGGACAUCACAUAGCUUUCACUGCCUCUGCUGUGGAAUGGGCAGGGAAAUUCAAUCCUCAGCAACCAGUGCCUUAGAUGAUAUGUGCCCCGUGAGAAAUGUUAAUACAAUCUGCACCAUCACAACAUCUGUCAGAAAGAUGUUCCCAAGUCCACUACCACUAUGUUCUCUUGCCUAGCAUGGGGUUUCCAUAGGUGUAAUCCUCCAGGAAGCCCUUCUGCAAUAUCAGUUACAUCCUGCUUGAGCACUAGAAUAGUAGUUGCCUUGUAGGAGGCAUAAGCAAACUCGGCCCUCCAGAUGUUUUGGGACUACAACUCCCAUCAUCCCUGACCAAUGAUCCUGUUAGCUAGGGAUGAUGGGAGUUGUAGUCCCAAAACAUCUGGAGGGCAGUGUUUGCCUGUGCAUGCCUUGUAGGCUCUUAAGGUUCUGUACUUUGAACUAACUGUCCAUUAUUAUAGAUGCAGAAAAAGUUGUUACUCCUCUUCCUACCACCAUGAAUAGCGGUCUGUCUGUCUUGGACAUGACUGAUCAGAUGAGGUCCAUAAGAACUCCUAUAGAGCCCCUUGCUUUUCACGUUGAGGGGGAAGGGAGAUUUUGGGAUCGGGGCACGUCGGUGCUUAAUAGCUGCAACUUAUUUAAAGGGGUUGCCUUGCAGCAGUUCAUGAAUACAUUCCAUGCUUUUUAAAAGAACCAUGCAGACAAACUGGGCAGUGUGGGUCUGUGUCAUACCCUCCCUGAAGGACCGCAGUAUCAAGAGUGGGCUUCUGUUAGAACUUGGGGAUGCCUAGAUUUCUUCAGCUUCUGCAUUAACCUUCGUAGGCAAGUAAAACUGGAUUUAACAACUGAAUUUGAGCUCCAGUGCUUGAAUGAAAUCCUUUUAAGGAACCAUAAUUCAGAUAGCCUGUUGCCUCCCCCCACUCUCCAAUUCUCACUUAAGGGUGUGUCGGUGUGGGUGUAAGAAACCAAGUCAACAUUUAAAGCAAAAAACAUACCCUCUAACUACCAGUACAACUGUUAAAUGAUUAUAUAUGCAGUUGUGUAGGUUGCUUUGACGCUAUGGUACCACAAGGUUACUGACAGAGGACCAGAAAAUGAGACUUUUUACGCACCCCUGAAAGAAAAGGGUAAUUCAAACCAAGUUCUAAACACAAUUUUUAUCUAAAGAUCAAAAAGCAAGAUUAUAGGAUUCAAAUCAGUAAAUCAUGUUUUCAUAUACAAAUUUCACUAUUUAAACUUUAAUUUGAUAGUUAACUGCAAGACAGUUUGUAGUAUGACAUUGUUAAAGGCACAUUUCAUUUUAAUGCAUAGUGUACCAUUCUAAAAUAACCUAAUUUCUUUACAAAGUGCUUCAGCAGCCACAUACAAGCAUAGCAAAAUAUAUUUACAAUCUAGAGUUUAAAAUCUUAAUUUGCCUAAAUAUUUAAAAAACUAGAUAAAAUUAGUGCUUUCUUUCAGCUUAACUGCGUGAACAUACCCUGCCUCUAAUUUUUUUUUGAAUGAUUUGCUUAGAUUACAAAACAUUUCUGUACAAGAUGUACUUACAAAAAAAGAGAAAGGGUUUUUUUUCCUGUAGGACUUUAAAUUUGAACCACCCUUUUGGGCCCACUGUCUGUAGCUCUAAUUUGGGAGUAUAAAUGAAUAGCCGACUGUACCUCAGGUGUGUAGUGUUUUGUAUUUAAUUGUGAUACAGCUAUUUGAAGUGGAAGAGAAAAAGCAUUUCCUCCCCAAGAUGCUAAUUUGCUAUUUGUUUU